AUGGCAGACCUAGAGAGCGAGAGCAAGCGACUUGCACCGGCCGGCGUAAAGAGCGAUGAACAACCGUCUACAACCACCCUAAUUUUCAGAAAACCGAAGUACCAGGAAAGCAGCAAGUGCAUCGUUUACGUACUCGCCGCCGUCGUCUUCCUUGGCACAGUCUUCGUAAUUUUUGGUUCGGUCUUUCUUCGUGUAAACAAUCCUAAGCUCCGGCUAAGCACCGUUUCAAUUCAAAAUUUCCAAUACGAGAACACGAAUUCAACGUCGCUAAACAUCACGAUGUUAACCGAGGUGACGAUCGACAACGAAAACUUCGGCCGAUACGACUUCGAGAACUGCAACGCUGUUAUUUUGUACGGGAACUCUACGAUUGGUGGCGGAGUUAUUUCCGGUGGCCGUGUUGGCGCCAGAAACAUUAAACCGAUGACAGGUAGAGUUCAUGCUCUGACGAUCGUCGAUCGGAGAAAAACAAUUGAGAUGAAUUGCACGAUGAAUCUCAAUUUGAGAACCCGAUCGAUCACGCGUCCGUUAUGCAGCUGA